CCCUGGUUUCUCUUUACUUCAUCCCAUUCCAUCCCAUCUGUUCCUCCUUCCUCUCACUUGCUCUUCUCUUCCCUCUGUAGCUUAAAAGCUUUCGGAGUCGUAGUCCAUUCCUAUCCAUCUGCACCACCCUUGUUCGUCCCCAUCUUUCAUCAUCAUCACCAUCAACAUCACUAACCAAACGACUCUUCAUAUCACCAGCCAGUGAUUCCAGCCGCAUACCAUCAUCAACCAUGUCGGAAGAACUCACCCGAGUCGACUCUGCCGUCGCAGGCCUGACGAUAACGGCUAAGGACGAGAAACCCGUCCAGGUCACCAAGGACACCAAGGACACCAAGGACACCAAGCACAGACGUCACUCCUCCACCGCGGAAGGCGUCUACAACAUCAAGGAACUCGAGGAGAAGAAGAUCGAAUUGACCCUGCCCAUUGAGACACAACGCACAGGAUGGAAGCUCAAUACUUCCCCGUCCACCGUCGAAGACAAGGACAUCCUCAAACUCCACCUCGUCAAUCCCCCGGUCAAGAAGAUCGACCUGCACUUCCCCCUGGGCCUGGAGGUCACGGCCCGCAACAUGAAGGGCGUCACGAUAAAGGAUGCGCUGGAGGCAAUCUACAAGCAGUUCAAGAAACAGCCCGACGACAUAUUGACCGAUCCCUACCUCAAAGGUUUCGAGUGGGACAAGGAUGACUCCUGGACACGCCUCAUUGUCCACCAGACCAAGCAGGGUCCUCCCGCCCAGCCCAGCAGCAAGAAGUCCAAGAAGAAGAAGAACGAGGACGCAUAG